UUAGUUGUUAAAAAAUGCAGAUUUGAAAACUAUAAAAAAAUUCGAAACAAAAAUUCUUGUGACAACAAACUAUUAACAACCUAUGCAUCGAGUAUCACGAAGUUUGAUCAUCAACUGUAUUCAAAUACAAUUCCAUUAUUGGAAUAAGCGACAGAUCAAAUAUGUUUCAUGUAGGAUGUUUGUCGUACCACUAUAGUAUCAUUCGUAAUAAUACUUGCGUAUAGGCGCGUAGUGUCUAUAUAUGUACUAUUCGUUCUUAAAUUUAUAUCACAGUAAACACUUUUUUUUUUAUUAGAAUUUAAUUGAAAACUUUCAAAUAAAUACAACCUAAUUUAAAAAUAUUCAGCCAUGAUUGUAUUCAUAUUAAUAACUGUCUGUGUUGUUCUGUAUUAUAUAAAAUUCCGAUAUUUUCGAAAACAUUUAUAUGAACUAUCUGAUAGUUUACCUGGUGUUGGAUAUUUGCCGAUUCUUGGACACAUACACUGGGUUAUUGGAGGACCGGAAAAAAUAUACAAGAAUAUUCAAAGACUGGGAGAGUUAAUAGAAGGAACUGGCGGUAUAAGUAAAAUUUGGAUUGGCCCAUCCCUUUAUGUUGUAAUAUCUAAUCCAGAAGACGUGCAGAAGUUAUUGGAAACCUCACUCGAGAAAGAUUCUUCAUAUAGGUUUCUUCGGACAUGGUUGGGGAAUGGCCUUUUUGUAGCUCCUUUGAAUUUAUGGAAAAGACAGAGGCGAGCCCUCGUACCAAUAUUCGCCAAUCGAGUUAUAGAGGACUACAUAGAAGUAUUCCAUAACGAAGCAGUGACCCUUGUGAAGCAAUUAGAUGAGAACUUGGGUAAACCAGAAUUCGAUGUCUUCAAACACAUCACAUCUUGCACGUUGGACAUUUCAUUUGAGACGGCAAUGGGUGAAAAAAUGGAUUUACAACAUACAGCAGAUUCAGCUUACCUGCAUGCGCGCAACUGCGUUAUGUCUAUUAUAAAUAUGCGUAUAUUCAAACCAUGGAUGCAACCAGAUGCAAUAUUUAAACUGACACCCUAUUCAAAAACACAGGAAGAAAAUAUUUAUCUAACACGUAAAUUUACUGAGGAGGUAAUAGCAAAAAGAAGGAUUAUGCAUCAAAAUGGUAUUUAUAAAGAAGGGCGAAAGGAUCUGUUGGAAUUGUUAUUAAGGGAAGAUGAAACAAAAUUCAACAAUAAGGAACUUCGGGAACAUUUGGAUGCUAUUACAAUCGCCGGCAACGACACAACAGCGCUCACUAUAUCCUACACGCUUUUAUUAUUGGGGAUGCAUCAACGUGAACAAGAAUUAGUCUAUAAAGAAUUACAUGAAAUAUUUGGGGACUCUAAGAGAACUACUACAAAGGAGGAUUUAUACAAGAUGGAAUAUUUAGAAAGAGUAAUAAAGGAGACAAUGCGCCUUUAUACGGUGACACCCAUAAUUGCGAGAGAAACGAAAAGUGAAGUAAAAUUAUCUUCCUGUACGUUGCCACCUGGUGUCGCCUGUAUUGUACCACUAUUUUUGAUACAUAGAUCUAAGAAACUAUGGGGACCCGACUCUGAAAGCUUUAAUCCAGAUCGAUUCCUGCCUGAAAACAGUAUUGAUAGACAUCCUUGUGCUUACAUACCCUUUAGCCACGGACUUAGAAAUUGCAUAGGUAAAAAAUACGGAAUGCUUGUAAUGAAAUGUGUUCUUGGAAAUGUGUUGCGAAAUUACAAGGUGACAGCAAAAGCUUGCGACCGUCUGAAAAUGGAAAUACUUUUGAUUCCAGUUUCCGGGCAUCUUAUAAAAUUAGAAAAAAGAACCUAAAGCUAUUUUUGGAAACAGAUUAUAAACUUUUUUUUAAUAAAAUAUAAACUACAAUCAUUAUUUUAUCAGAUUGUAAACUUUUUUUUUAAUAAAA